GGUACCAAACACACCCUAAAUUGUUCUAAUUUUUCCAGUAAACUGGAUCUUGGUUUGGUCGAGUGGCGGGAUCACCAAAACCCUGCAAAAGCCCUAGCUGGUAAGAUUAUUUCACCUUUCUAGCAAUUGUUAGCCUCUAAUGGCUUCAAUUCUUCGGAAAUCUCUGCAAAAUCAAUUUCUAUCAGCCGCAAGAAUCACCACAAUCCUCAGCUCUAAACCUACACCUACAUCACCUAUGUUCCAUCAUCCUUCUUCUAGUAGGAUUGGUCAAAUCCCAUUUUUUCUUCAAGGAGGAACAUCGGAUUCGAAACCGAAUGUUGGGUUUUACCCAAGCUUUUCUUUUGGGCAUUUCCUAAAUCCAGUUUCUCCAAAUGGAUUGAUUUCAUCUGAGGAAUAUAACGUUGUUGAUGACGAGUCACAUAAGAUUUGGGCUGAUAGUGUGAAGAAGAAGAGGAAGAAGAAGAUGAACAAACACAAGUUGAAGAAGUUAAGGAAGAGCCUAAGGAGGAAGACAUAGUGUAUCUGACACUGUGUCAUCGGUGAGGAAUUUGUUAUUGAGGCUGCAUUUUAUCGUGUUUAGCUUUUGUGAAUCUCUAUCUGGCACAACGUCCAUUUUUUCAGUUUGAAAUGCUGGAAAGAUGUAAUUUUCAUGUGGUCUAUAGACAGUUUUGGGAGAAGAAAUUGCAGAACCAAGUUUUAGGAAUAAUUGCGUUUACUUUCCUGUUAAAUGGUAGUGUGCUUGGGAUGCUCAUUAUUCUUUA